GAGGACCAGGCACAUGAAAAGCAAGUAACCUUGGAAAAUGAAUCUCUGUGCGAAGGCCCUUAUGAUGAGAACUCCAGUCAGCAUGAAAAGACAAUGUCAUUACGAUUACGAAAGAGAAAGCAUGCAAAGGAAAGGGCACUUAGCUGUGACACGUGCGGCUCAUCUACUACAUGCCAGUACCACUUAGAUAAACAAAGGGUCUACAAACCCUACAGGUGUGAUGCGUGCGGAUACAGAGCAAGAACCUUGUCAACUCUGUCCAAGCAUAUGCGAAAACACCGAGGUAAAAAACGCCACACGUGUGGUGAGUGCGGAUACAGGGCCUCCGAUCCCUACUCCCUGACCAGACACAUGAGGAAGCAUACCGGCGAAAGGCCCUACAAAUGCGCCCAGUGUGACUCGGCUUUCACACAAAGAGCACAUCUAGAGGACCACAUGAUCACACACUCCGGUGAAAAGCCGCACCGAUGUGGACAUUGCAACUUCAAGUCAGCUUGGAAAGGUGCUCUAAAACGACACAUGAGAAGGCAGCAUGCUGGCGGAAGACAAGGAUCGAUCGACGCCGAAAGGCCCCACAAAUGCAACCAGUGCGACCAUACUGCUACCAAGAAAAGACACGUGCACAGCCACAUGAUUACGCCCGCAGUUGUGAAACGGUACCUGUGCGGUCAGUGUGACUUCAAGACUACUUGGAAGCGGGCUCUAACCCGACAUAUCAUAAGGCAACACCCCGACUCUACAAACGAGACAAACACCAAUGACGACAACACAACAAGUGAGAAAAGCCAGCAGAGCAAGAAAAUGAAAAUAUUCUCCCCUGAAACCUCCAGCCCCCAAAUGGAAAAGCCCCGCGGUGGUUUUGUAUCUGGAAAGUGGUCUGCAGCACAAACUGAGAACCAGAGAAACGAUGGAGAGUCCGAGAGCCGGAUAGAAGAAAGUCAGCUGGAGGGGGAAGAUAGAAUUCUGUGCGAAGAAACUGAAGAUGUGAAAGACAAAGAAACGUCAUCAACUGGACAUGCGCAAACGACCGAACGAUCUAAAGGUACAUUUAAGCCCUACGGUUGUGAGGAGUGUGGCUACAGAGCGGCUACAAGGUAUAAACUGUCAGAACAUAUGUUGAAACACAGCAGUGACAAAUGUCACAAAUGUGAAAAAUGCGACUACAAGACGCAGUAUAAGUCUGCCCUUAGUCGACAUGUAAAAACACACAUAGGUGAGAAACCUUACAAAUGUGAUCAGUGCGACUAUUCUACUACACGGAAAGGGCGUUUAGACAAGCACAUGAUCCAACACACAGGUGAGAAACCCUACACUUGCAAGGAAUGCGGAUACAAGACAGCCAUGAAGAAUAACUUUUCCAGGCACUUGAACAUACAUUUGGAAGAGAAACCCUACAAGUGUGACGAGUGUGAGUUUAAAACGACUGACAAGUAUUCCUUCUCGGCCCACAUGAGGCUACACACCGGGGAGAAACCGUACAAGUGCCACAAGUGUGACUACGCCGCAACGCGUAGGGGCCCUUUACGCAGGCACGUAAUCAAACACCACGGCGACGAACGAUACAAGUGUGAAGAAUGCGGACACCAAGCGACUGAUACGUUUCACCUAUCCAAACACAGAAGAACACAUACUGGUGAAAGACCCUACAAAUGUGACCAGUGCGACUAUUCUGCUGCAGAGAGAAGCAAUUUAAAGCAACACAUGUAUAUACAUACCGGCGAGAAACGCUACAGUUGUGACAAAUGCGGAUACAAGACGACAUUUCACUCUGCGCUCAACCGGCACAAGAGAACACACACCGGUGAGAAACCUUACAAAUGUGACCAUUGCGAUUAUUCUACCGAACGGAAAACGCGUCUAGAAAUACACAUGGCCACCAAACACACUGGAGAGAGAACCUACACGUGUGACUUAUGUCAGUACGUGACAACCCAAGAGAGUCGCCUAUCACGACAUGUGAAAAGUCACACAGGUGAAAAACCAUUCAUAUGCGAUCUUUGCAACUUCGCUACUGUGACAAAAAAAAUGUUGAGAAAACACAUGUUCUCGCACGGUUUGAAGCCCUUGAUGUGUGAGAGAUGUGGCUACAGGACGGCGUAUAAUGAAGAACUAACUGUACACAUGAGGACACACACAGGCGAGAGGCCUUUCAAAUGUGACCAGUGUGACUAUUCUGCCGUACGGAAGAGCUUUCUGAAACGACACAUGCUCAAGCACACCGGAGAGAAACCCUACAUGUGUGAAAAAUGCGGACACAGAGCCAGAACGAGCACUGAGCUGUGCGUCCAUAUGAGAACGCAUACAGGUGAACGACCACACAAAUGUGACCGUUGUGACGCCAGGUUUGCCAAGAGAGCGCAUUUAAGGGAACACAUGUUCACCCACACCGGUGAGAAGCCCUACAAGUGUGGGAAGUGUGAUCACACAACGGCGUACAAGUCUGCCCUGUCCCGGCACACGAAAGCUCAUGCAGUGGAGACGUCUCGGAUCUCCCGGCGAACGGAACAAGCUGCGGUCGAAAAACCCUUCAAGUGUGACCAGUGCAACUAUUCAGCAGACCAAGAGCGCGCCUUGUAUCAGCACGCGUUUAUACACACCGAUGAGAAACCCUACAACUGCGAGGAAUGUGACCUCAGCACAGCUCAUUUUUCUGCGCUAUCUCGACACAUGAAACGCAAACAUGGAAGAGUACCAGAAAAAAUUCCAGUUGAAAGACGAUUCAAAUGUGACCAGUGUGACUAUUCCGCCGAUGACAAAAGCCAACUAUCCUUACACGCGGCCAAACACUCCGAUGAUAAACCCUACAAGUGCGAGAAAUGUGACGUCACGACAGCUUAUAAGUCUACACUGUUACGGCACAUGAGACAUAAACAUGCUGACGAAUAGUUAAGAAAAUCUUUCUAAUGUGAACUGAGUGACUACUUAACACUGCUAAACAAUAAACCAAUGCAAGCGUAUUGAGGAAUGUUUGCAAAGUUUACAUGUAGAAACAUUCAUAGACAAGGACCAGUAGUAGACCCUACAUAUUGUAUGUUGACUACUGACUCAGAUCUUCCUUUGUCUAGUAACACAUUGAGAAGUAAGUCUUCUCCCCUCAGGGGAAUUCCUUUUAAAGACUAACCCCCAGAGGUCGAGGUCCCUUUGUAGCAUGUCUUCCCCGCUUUCUUUGACUUUUCAAGUACAGCCCAUCGCCGGCAAAAGGAAAGACAUGGUAGAACUUGAGUACUGUAGUUUGUUGGAAAGCCUGUAUGUGUAACGAUUGUGACCACAGGUCAUUCUUCUAUAUAAGUUACAUUUUCAAAAGGGAAAAAGCUUAAAUGUGUGAUAAAAAACUUUACCCUUGAUACAGCUUUUAAACAUUUUUGCCAUGUUAACAUUACGAAUUUUUUUGUAUAUAUUUAUAUGUUAGAAAUAAAAGCACAUGAUGUUUAUAUUGAUGUACUCUCCAAGGAGGAGUUAGGCUCCAUCUUGUUUUCGAAGUCUUUGCAAGCGUUUUUGUUGGACAUUCUAUUUUGUCAGCUUUCCUUUGUGUACACUUUGUGUACAUUUGUCUGCUCUUUGCUGAUUUUGACCAAUUUAAUCAAUUCAUUCUAUCAAUUUUGAUGCGUCUUAUCUCAUGCGUCCCUUCACCAUGCCUUUAUCUGCAUUCUUUGUAAAUAUACAUGUAGGCGAAGUUGGUCAAAUAGAUGUUUUGCAAGUUGUUUGUUACCCAACUAUGCCAUUGAGUAAAAUAAAAAAUUUUAAGAGUA